AUGAGCAAUGCAACAAUCAUCGACGAGAAAGCAUUAAACGAUUGCUUAAACGAGAUCACUCGAGCUCUUCUUCAAGCCGAUGUCCAAUUCAAACUUGUUCGCGACAUGCAAACAAAUAUCAAGAAAAUCGUCAAUCUCGACGAUCUUGCUGCCGGUCACAACAAGCGCAGAAUCAUCCAACAAGCAAUAUUUAAUGAGUUGUGCAAGAUUUUGGACCCAGGGAAGCCCUCUUUUACUCCAAAGAAAGGGAAACCUAGUGUUGUUAUGUUUGUAGGUUUACAAGGGUCUGGAAAAACGACUACGUGUACAAAAUAUGCGUAUUAUCAUCAGAAAAAAGGCUGGAAACCUGCUCUUGUCUGCGCUGAUACAUUUAGAGCUGGUGCUUUCGAUCAGUUAAAGCAGAAUGCAACUAAAGCUAAAAUUCCAUUCUAUGGAAGUUAUAUGGAAUCGGAUCCUGUGAAAAUUGCCGUGGAAGGUGUGGAAAGAUUUAAGAAGGAGAAUUGUGAUCUUAUAAUUGUUGAUACAAGUGGACGGCAUAAACAGGAAGCUGCACUUUUUGAAGAAAUGCGUCAAGUUUCUGAAGCAACUAAACCAGAUCUUGUUAUAUUUGUUAUGGAUAGCAGUAUUGGUCAAGCUGCAUUUGAUCAAGCUCAAGCAUUUAAGCAAAGUGUUGCAGUUGGAGCUGUGAUUGUUACCAAAAUGGAUGGUCAUGCAAAGGGUGGUGGUGCGCUUAGUGCCGUUGCAGCAACUAAGAGUCCUGUCAUUUUUAUUGGAACUGGAGAGCAUAUGGAUGAGUUUGAAGUCUUUGAUGUUAAACCUUUUGUUAGUCGCCUCUUAGGCAUGGGUGACUGGUCUGGAUUCAUGGACAAAAUUCAUGAGGUUGUUCCCAUGGAUCAACAGCCUGAGCUUCUGCAAAAGCUGUCAGAAGGGAACUUUACCUUAAGGAUUAUGUAUGAGCAAUUCCAGAAUCUACUAAAAAUGGGUCCCAUUGGACAGGUAUUUUCAAUGCUUCCUGGAUUUAGUGCUGAAUUAAUGCCAAAAGGUCAUGAAAAGGAAAGCCAGGCGAAGAUUAAGCGAUACAUGACCAUGAUGGAUUCAAUGACUAAUGAAGAGUUGGAUAGUUCAAAUCCGAAGCUCAUGAAUGAGUCACGCAUGAUGAGGAUAGCACGGGGUGCUGGCCGUCCGAUUAGAGAUGUAAUGGAGAUGUUGGAAGAGUACAAGCGACUUGCUAAGGUCUGGAGCAAAAUGAAGGGCCUUAAGAUUCCGAAGAAGGGUGAGAUGAGUGCACUGUCUAGAAAUAUGAAUGCACAGCACAUGAGCAAAGUCCUCCCUCCACAGAUGCUGAAGCAGAUUGGUGGCAUGGGUGGCUUGCAAAACUUAAUGAAGCAAAUGGGUUCGGCAAAAGACAUGAUGGGCAUGUUUGGAGGCGGGGACAAGGUCAUCUCUGCAGCAUGGGACAUUAUACCUCAUAAUUCUUUAAUGCUAGAGUGUGGACGCUAUCUGCUUUCAGAUUGGUGUAGACUUCUUAUUGACACUGCCAAUAAAGAAAGCAGGCAAGAACUUGGAGAAGAAGAGUACAGACACCAUGCAAAAUUUCCUAAUGAUAUACAUAUAUCUGACAUAAGGCAAGGUUCGUAA